AUGGUUAUGCCCCCUUGUCGUACUGUAAUUGCAAAUACUUUUCAGGUCUCUCGGACUUUUAGUGUGGAGUUUGUUGAGGGUUCAGAGAAGUUCAUUGGAGUGCUUGAAGCCGGAUCAAUUUAUCUGUUUCUAAAAAGGUGUGUUGUGGCCGGAGCCGUCAUCAUUGCGUCGGAGUGGAGUUGCCGUGGCAGCCCUGACGGGGCGCAGGAGGAGGGUGCCGAUGGAGAAGGCCUGGCAGACGGGGCGGACCGUGGAUUGGAUGGCGACCCUGAGGGAGUGUGGAGUCCAGACAUUGAGCAAAGCUUUCAGGAAGCUCUGGCCAUAUACCCUCCCUGCGGCAGGAGGAAGAUCAUACUUUCAGAUGAGGGGAAGAUGUAUGGUCGAAAUGAGUUGAUAGCUCGCUAUAUCAAGCUACGAACAGGGAAGACGCGCACACGUAAACAGGUGUCUAGUCAUAUUCAGGUUCUGGCACGUAAGAGGGUACGAGAAUACCAGACCAGCAUCAAGGUCUCUAGUCACCUGCAAGUCUUGGCCAAGAGAAAGUCGCGUGACAUUCAGUCUAAGCUCAAGGCCAUGAACUUGGACCAGGUAUCCAAAGACAAGGCACUGCAGACAGUAGCCAACCUCUCAUCAGCUCAGAUUGUGUCUGCUAGUGUAAUGAAACCCCAGACUCCGUUCCCUCCACCAGUCAGAUUUUGGCCCGGACCUAUGCCAGGACAGCCUGGACAUUCUCAGGACAUCAAGCCCUUUGCACAGCCACCGUACACUACACUACCAGCCCCUGUCCCUGCAGCUAUCAGUUAUGAGCCCCUGCCUCCCCCACGCCCUGCAGCUAUAACAGCUCCUGUAUGGCAAGACCGAACCAUUGCCUCAGCAAAACUUCGGCUACUGGAGUACUCUGCUUUCCUGGAGACCCAGAGAGACAGGGAGACGUAUAAACACCUUUUCGUACACAUUGGCCCAUCAAACCCAGGGUACAAUGACCCUGUGUUGGAGUCCAUAGAUGUGAGGCAGAUUUACGACAAGUUUUCUGAGAAGAAAGGAGGCCUUAAGGAGCUGUAUGAAAAAGGGCCACACAACGCAUUCUUCCUCGUCAAGUUCUGGGCGGACCUGAGCAGUGACAUUGAGGAGGGUUCUGGCGUGUUCUAUGGAGUGAGCAGCCAGUACAGUGGAACAGAAAACAUCACCAUCAGUGUCUCAACAAAGGUCUGCUCCUUUGGCAAACAGGUGGUAGAGAAGGUUGAGACUGAAUAUGCACAUAUGGAAGGAGGGAAGUAUGUGUUCCGCAUCCAUCGUUCGCCCAUGUGUGAAUAUAUGAUCAACUUCAUCCACAAACUCAAACACCUGCCGGAGAAAUACAUGAUGAACAGUGUACUGGAGAAUUUCACCAUUCUACAGGUGGUGUCCAACAGAGAAACUCAGGAGACUCUGCUGUGCAUCGCCUUUGUGUUUGAAGUGUCCACUAGUGAACACGGAGCACAGUACCACGUUUAUCGACUAGUUAACGACUAGCAGCACAUUUCGUGCAUGCAGAGACUCUCCACAGACUUUUUUUUUUGAUACAUACAGCAUAAACACUAUUUCCUGCUCAAACACACAGAAUCCCCACUCCUCUACUCUAAACACAUGUGUUUUUAAUAGACCAACAGUCACACUGUAGUCACACCUGUUGUUUUAAUGUGUAUGCAUUUCCAUCAAACUAUGCACACAUUUCAACAACAACAUCCUGUUACUUAAACACUAAAGUGGAAUUAAUUUCUAUAGAUUUUGACAAGACGUGUUAUCAUUCUUGGCGUUAAUUAUGAGUAAGUGUUGUGAUGUUAUACAAUGUAAUUAUUCAGUCACAGAAAUGUUUUACCCUGUGAAACUAAUUGUGCACAUCUCUCAAUGUCAGCAUCAAAAUAUCAGUUUAUUGUAUGUAUUAGACUUUUCUUUUAAAUUUUUUAGAGAUUUCAUUAACUGACAUAAAAAAAACCAUCAUAAAAGACACCAGCAAAAGGCCUAACCUACAUUUGAGGAAGUUUAAGAUGUGAUAUUCUGAUAACAUGCAUCAUAUGAAUGAAUAUGAGCAUUUCCAGGGAAUUUUCUAAGCAUAUGCAUUUACUUAUAGGUGUGACUGAUGUGAGACGAGUUUAAAUAUAGGUUGGCAAACAAAUCAUUUAAUCAGUGUUAAUGUAACUCUGCCACAAUGACUCUUUCUUCUACAGUUUCUAGUAUCUCUGUAACGUAGGAAUUGAAUGAGCCUAUAAUGGUGUCUCCUCUCACUGCUUAGUGUGGAAUCAUGAUCUCCAGUUACUUUGAUCAAAACGCUAAGGAUUAUACGAAAGAAAGUACACCUCUUCUCAGAAUGUUAUGCACUACAUGUAAAGACAUAAAAGCUGUAUUUAUAUUUGAAACAGUGUCGGAGUGUAAAGAGAGCCAUCAUUUUAGGUGUAUUUGCUGUUUUAAAGGUUUCCAGUGGUACAGGAUGUGGAGGGAAAGCUCUUUUGAUCAAAUCUCAAGGAGGUUUGGCUCACUUGUCUUCGGAAACAAAAAUAGUUCACAAUCAGUUUCAGAUUCAGUUCACACUCGGGUGUCAGCAGCAUUAUGAAUGAAAGAAUUAUCUUUACUGUUAAUUGACACAAACUGUUUUUACUUAGACUGUGUGUGGGCUUGCUGCAGUAUUUCUACCUCCACGUGAGUUGGGAUAAGAAUGUGCUUUGGUUCAUUAAGCCUUAACCUGAGGAGCACUGAUGUAUAGGAUGUGUACACUACACUUGUAAUGGUACUGUUUAUAAGCCAAAACAAGAUAAAUAGACUCGUUUUUGUAAAGAUGAAUUAUCUUUUUUGUAUUUUACCAGCACAGCUAGAGGUGUUACUGUAAACAUCAUACAUGAUGGGUGUUCCGGUUGUGUCAUUUUCGACGUAUGCAAAAUUAUGUAUGGUACAGACCACACUAAGGUCACCCACAGUGCACUGGGGUAGAUUUUUGCCUGAUAACACUAGCAAAUUAUUCAGCUUACACUUGCUUUUUUUUUCUUUUGUUCUAUGUAAUGUUUUUGGUUUCUGGUACACGUGGCUACCAGCAUUUUUUUUUAUAUAGUAAAUGUUAUUUGACUCUAUCACGCCCUCUCAUGGCAGGAUUAUCUUUAACCAUGUGGAAGGUGACAAUGAUUUGUCUUGAUCAUUAAAGUAAGAGCCGACUGGUUCCGUUUUUAAAUAACCAUAUUCACUGUUUGGUCAGCCAAAAUUGUUAUUCUUUUAUUUUUCCUGUGUACUCUGGUUGGCUGUGCCUCAUCACUCCUUUGGUCAAGUAUGUUCAGUGAAUUAAAUCUGUGCCUUUAUGCUGUACCAAUAAAAUCACAUGGUGUUUGCAGUUUGCAAUUA